AGAAGAUAUGAAUAAUGUAGAUCGUCACCGUCAUAAACAUCUAUAGGUCGCACUUUUUUCUAAAGCAACAAUUAUGGUCGUGAAGGGUAAUGUGGAAAUAAGUAUUCGUCUUCUCUUCUAAUUUGAGUGUGACUUCAGGCAUGGAAACGGGCUUGGUAGCGAAUCAUAAACUGAAAAAUGUUGGAAGUGGAGAUCCCCCUCCUUCGCCUCGCCAUCAUCACACACCUCCACAGCAACAGUCGCAACCAUUCAAUCAGUUCCAACAGCAUCACCAACGUGAAAUCCAAAAUAAUAUUAACAACCAUCCGUUUGGACAUGGAGACGUUGCGAAUCGACAACAUGGUGGAAAAGAGAAUAUUUAUGGCAACCAAGUCGAACGCUGUCAUCAUUCGCUGAAUAAAAGUGAAGAGGAGGAUCAGCCGUGCAAAACGGGGGCUCGGAUGGGCAGCAGGUACGACCACUCUAACUUUGGAUCAGCGAAUAACAACAACAACACUAGCAUCCAGUCUCAAAGUGGGAACAGUUCAGUUUUUGAGUUUAAUCAUUAUUAUGGGAAUGGAAGAGGAGGGCCUUGCUUUGAUCAACAUGGCGGACAACAAAGCCCUGGUACGGGUAUAAUGCAUUCGGCACAGAACAACAUGGAUCAAAUACAAAAUUCACACGAAGAGUAUCAUAAUAACCCUUAUAACCACUAUCCGAACUACCGACCUGGCUACGGUGGAACUGGAUAUGGUAUGAUGAGUCCAUCACGACAAGGAAACAUGAUGGGCCCUGGUAGCAACUCGGCUGCUGCUAGUCAUGGUAAGGCUACCAUGGCUUCUACCCCAUCUCCGGGUGGAAAUGUUGGAGGAUUUCAAAGGUUUCCAGGACAAAAUCAACAGCACCCUUCAGGUGCCACCCCAACUUUAAAUCAGCUUCUGACAUCCCCUAGCCCAAUGAUGAGAGGUUAUGGCAGCAGCUAUCAAGAUUACAAUAAUCCUGCUCAACAACAAUCAAGCAUGGGACUAAGCAAAGAAAUGAGCUCCCAAUACAGCUCAGCAAGCCAUAGUUGGGGCGGGCAACAAAGAAAUCACCCAGCAAUGAGUCCAGGAAAUAACGGGCAAGGAAACAACAGAUCCCAGGUGGCACCUAUGGACGCAAUGGCCAUGAAGCGAUCCCAGAUCUAUGGCAUGGGUAACAGCCCUUAUUCUCAGCAGCAGCCAGGUGGAACUUAUUCCAGCCAACCAUAUGGAGCACCUGCUCCACACCGAUACCCAAUGGGGAUGCAGGGGCGUGGCCAAGUUGGUAUGGGAGGGAUGCAGUACCCUCAACAACAGCAGGUGCCGGUGCAGUAUGGACAGCAGGGCAUGAGUGGGUACUGCCAGCAGGGCCAGGCUCCAUACUUCAGCUCUCCGCAGCAGCCGCAACCCACCGGCCCCUCACAGUCCCACUAUGCCCACCCCCGUGCUCCGCCUCAGCAGGAUUCUUCUCAGGAGGGGUAUAGUAGCAGAGGUCAACCUGCUUUGACUCCUGGGAAGCCAAACCAUGAUGAGAUGGGGAUAAACCAACAAGACCGGCCGUCUAGCCUUCCGGACCUCUCUGGCUCCAUAGAUGACCUCCCCACAGGCACAGAAGCAGCCCUCAGCUCUGCAGUCAGCGCUUCAGGCUCCACCAGCAGCCAGGGCGAGCAGAGCAACCCCGCCCAGUCACCUUUCUCCCCUCACGCCUCGCCCCGCCUCUCCAACUUGCGCAGCGGACCUUCACCAUCUCCUGUUGGCUCGCCUGUAGGCUCUAGCCAGUCGCGCUCUGGACCCAUAUCACCUGCUAGUGUACCAGGUACACAGCUGGCCCCGCAGACACCGGGGAGCGUGUCGGACGUGGUGUCCCUUUCUGCCCUCAGUCAGUCGCCCAUGUCUCAGGAGAGAGGAUUUGCACACAACCUGCAGCGUAAUGUCCCUGGGCUUGGCCCUGGCUCCCAGUUUGGCCCCCAGCAGCCUGGGCCCUCCAUGUCUCCCCACCCCUCUCCUAUGGGCCCCAUGCACCACAACGUAGGCACCUACCAGCAGGGUGGUUCCGCCUACGGCCCCCAGGGCGCACAGUACGGUCCUUCAGGAAAUUACCCUCGUCCACAAAACUACGGCGGCGCGCCUGGUCCCAGCUACAGUGGCCCCGGGCCGGGUAUGGGCCUUGGCAUGAACGCCAGCAGCCCCAUGCACGGCCAGGGCCCUGGGCAGCCCUGUGGCUCCAUGCCGGCUGGGAGGGGGCCAGGUCAGCCAGCCGGUGGGCGUCCAUACCCGGCAGGCUCCAGCAGCGUAGCCCCCACCUCACCCAACAUGCCCCAGACCGCGGGGCCUGGCAUGGGCCCCCCACCGGCCACGGGUAGCCGGAAACCCCACGAGAGCUGCCCCGUACCCUCUGCACAAAACCCCCUUGCUGCUCCGCAGGCCAGGCCUCCGUAUGCCCGGUCCCCUGUGUAUCCGGGGCUGCCUGGGCUGGGUGGACGUCCUUCCGCCUUCCCUCCCCCCCCCCAUUUUGUCCAGCCCCACGACGGGCCGUACGGCAGUGGCGGCAGCUUGGGCCUGCCUCUGGCUGAGCAGUAUGGGCCGAGUGGGUACCCAGCCGGGGCCCCCAUGGGUGGAAUGGGCCCAGGUGGCCCCUAUAACCAACCGCCAGGCAGCAGCUCGAGCCGGAUGAACCUGCAGGGCUCAGGAUACAAUACAAUGCCUGCCGGACCCAUGCCUAUGGGGCCAGUAGACACUGUGCCAGCCACUGACCCCAAACCAAAAUUGGAGCACAAGGAGGAAGGAGGUGCGGUAGGCGCCGAACCACCCAAACCGAAGGACAGCUACGGCUCUCAGUGUGUGUCGCAGCCGCCAACCCUGUCCCCACUGUCCCCCAGCCCUGCUAGUCUCUCGUCUAAUCACGGCGAUGACAGUGACAGCAUUAGCAGCCCUACCUGGCCAAAGACCCCCACCAGCCCUAAGCACAGCUCCGCCACCAUGACGAGUGAGAAGAUCACCCGCCUGUAUGAGAUGGGCAGUGAGCCAGAGAGGAGGGCCUGGGUUGACCGUUACCUGGCCUUCAUGGAGGAGAGGGGCACUCCUGUGCCCAACCUCCCUGCUGUGGGCAAGAAGCCUCUGGACCUGUGCCGCUUGUACCUGUGCGUGCGGGAGAUCGGAGGGCUGGCUAUGGUGAACAAGAACAAGAAAUGGAGGGAGCUCUCCACCCUUCUCAACGUGGGCACGUCCAGCAGCUCUGCCAGCUCUCUGAAGAAGCAGUACACCCAGUACCUGUUUGCCUACGAGUGUAAGGUGGAGCGCGGCGAGGAGCCUCCACCUGACGCUGCUGCUGCUGAUGGCAAGAAGCAGGCGCAGCAGGCCCGGGUCCAACCACCCUCACCGGCGAACUCUGGGUCUCUCCAAGGGCCUCAAACCCCUCAGUCAACAGGCAGUAGCUCACUGACAGAGAUGGCAGGAGACCUGAAACCCCCGACGCCAGCCACCACACCCCAUAGCCAGAUGACCCCCCAGCAGACUGGCAGGAGUGGUGUGAGCGUGCAGGAUCCCUUCUGCGAGAGCAGCGAUCCGGCUUUCCAGAAGCGCACCGGUGUGCCACCCGGCAUGAUGUUCCCACAGCAGGGCGGCGGCGGAGCUGAUGUCAGUGUCCGAAUGCAGUACGAUGCCAGGGAAUCCUUUGGAGGGCCCAGGAAAGGUAGCAGUGAGUCCUUCGUGCCAGGACAGAUGUCCAGCACUAGCUUGCAAGACGUCUACCCACGAGGACCUCCUUCAGGGCAGGGCAUAGGCCCACGACCCCAGUACCCUUACAGCCCUGGCUUUGACAGAAGGCCAGAUCAUGCCAUGGGCCCAGAGGGUGGCAUGGUGCCCCCUGGGAAUCAGAACAACAUGAUGCCUUCCAACAGUGACCCAAGCAUGUACUCGGGCAGUCGGUACCCCAUGCCUCCGAGGCAUGGACAUGAAGGUUACAGCCAACAGUAUCCACAAGGCAUGCCCUAUGGCACACAUGGAAUGUACCCACAGCCACAGGGCUACAAGAGACCUGGGGAAGGGAUGUACGGACCCCCAGCAAAGCGGCAUGAGGGCGACACCUAUGGCAUGCCGUACGGUGGCCAGCAGCCAGAUAUGUACGGCCAGUAUGGUGGAGGGUACCCAGAGCGCAGACCCAUGCAGGGACAGUUCCCGUACCCAUAUAGCCGUGAACGCAUGCAGCACGCAGGACAGGGCCCUCCCCAGCAUGGUAUGAUGAGUGGAGGGCCAUCCACCACGCCCAGCGGAGGGCCUCAGGGGAACAUGUGGCACCCUAGGACUGACAUGGGCUACCCUUACCCUGGAAGGCAGGGUCACGGGCCCCCAUACCCAUCCAUGAGCCGCGCAGAUGAUCCGGAGGCGAGGGCAAACCAGGACGGUCAGUGGCCCGGUCACCCUGGCCAGCGUCAGUCGUCUUACCCUCCCCAGUCCUCCUCGAGUUCCAUGCCUCCCAUGACAAACCGCCAACCCCCGUCUUCGUACCAGUCCCCUCCGGCCGCGCCCAACCACAUUGCUCGGGCUCCUAGCCCAGCACCCUUCCCACGACCCAUGGGAGGUUCCAUGUCCCCCAAUAAACCUCAUUUGAUGCCCUCUAUGAAGAUGCCUAAGCCAGGGGUUCCUGGGCCCAUGCCAGGCUCACAGAGUGGUGGUGUUCCUGGUCAAGGGCUCCCCCCCAUACACCGAGAGAUCAACUUCCCACUGGAUUCCAUUGAGGCCACACAGCUUCAGCUAAAGCCUCGUCGACGCUUAACCUCCAAAGAUAUUGGCACUCCGGAGGCCUGGCGUGUAAUGAUGUCUCUGAAGUCUGGUUUGCUAGGAGAGAGCACCUGGGCCUUGGACACUAUAAACAUCCUGCUAUACGAUGACAGCACCGUGUCUUCCUUUACCCUGUCCCAGUUGCCUGGUUUUUUGGAGCUCAUUGUGGAAUAUUUCAGACGAUGCUUGAUAGAGAUCUUUGGGAUCCUGGAGGAGUAUGAAGUAGGCACAGAGGGCCAGAAAACACUUUUUGGUCCCCUUCCAGAGCCAGGAGAAAAACACGAGCUUGAUCAUCGGGAGCUGGAUAGCCGUUCGGAUACUGAGCAGGCGGACAAGAGGCAGGAAGCGGAGCUUCAGAGGCCCGUCCCCGGCAGCACAGGCGGACCAGAGCAUUCAGAGAAAACGACGGCAGCGGAGGCCACUGAUCAGGAGGUGGGGCGAGAUGGGGAACUGGGUAAAGAAGAGAGUUCUCCUACAGAACCUAGGCCCAAGCAAGCCAGCAAAUAUGACAAGCUACCAAUAAAGGUGGAAGAAAGAGAGGCAGCCGCUGACCGGGUGGAGGACCGAUCCGGGCAGCUGGGCUUGGCUGGAGGGUUCACCAGUGGGCUGUUGCACUGGAAGGCUGGUGGUGGUGACUCCACCGCACACAUCCAAACCCACUUUGAGAGGAAAUUUCAGGAGCUGGGAGCUGAACUGACACUGAUCAAGUCUGAGUCUGAGGAGGAAAAUGGCAAAGAAAAGGAUAAGGAGGGUCCCCGUAAUGAACAGGCGUCUCAUAGGGAAGAACAAGGCCCUUCCGGUAAGAGCCUAAUAGCCACUAUGGGCGAGAUGCUGUGUUCGCGCCCAGGAGCACCUCUACCAGAGGGUGAGGCCCAGGCGUUGUGUUUAGGCAGCCAGGAGAAACAAGGCAGCAUCACCCUGCUGGAAGAUGAGCCACGCUGCUGGGAUGAGGCACCGCUGUCCACGGCCGAGGACUGGCAGGACGAGCUAGCCAAGCGAUGCGUAUGCGUGUCCAACAUAGUCCGCGGCCUCUCCUUUGUCCCAGGUAAUGACAUUGACAUGGCGCGGCACCCAGGCCUCGUGCUCGUUCUGGGCAAGCUAGUGCUAUUGCACCACGAGCACCCAAAGAGGAAAAGGAUGCCCCCUACCUACCAGCGUGAAGAAGAGCGAGGUCUGGCCUGUAGCAAGGACGAGUGGUGGUGGGACUGCCUCGGCGCCUUGCAUGAGAAUACCUUGGUCACCUUGGCCAACAUAUCGGGGCAGCUGGAUCUGUCCAUUUACCCCGAGAGCAUCUGCCUGCCCAUCCUGGACGGCCUUUUGCACUGGAUGGUGUGCCCAUCAGCCGAGGCGCAGGACCCUUUCUGCGUGGCGGGUGGCUUCUCGUCACUGACGCCGCAGAGGCUGGUGUUGGAGUGCCUGUGCAAGCUAAGCAUCCAGGACUGCAACGUGGACUUGCUCCUGGCCACGCCCCCGUUCAGCCGCCAGCAACGCCUCUACGCCUCGCUGGUGCGCCACGUGGGCGAGCGCAAGAGCCAGGUGUGCCGCGAGAUGGCCGUGGCCGUCCUGUCCAACCUGGCGCAGGGCGACCCCACGGCGGCUCGCGCCAUCACUCUUCAGAAGGGCAGCAUCGGGACCCUGGUGGGGUUUUUAGAGGACAGUGUUGCCAUGGCGCAGUACCAGCAGAGCCCCCACGGCCUCCUGCACGCGGGACACCCGACGCACCCGGAGCCUCCCAGCGUCAACAUGAUGUGCCGGGCUGCCAAAGCCCUGCUAGCAAUGGCUCAGGUGGAGGAGAACCGGGCUGAGUUUGUGGUGCACGAGAGCCGGCUACUGGACAUCAUGCUGUCGUCAGCGCUGAACUCUAGCGUGGUGGCCAUCAUGUGCGAGGUACUGUUUAAGCUCGGGCGCUCGUGACACAAAUAGCAGCCUGAGGUGCCAUCAAUGAGACGGGACGCAGUCAAGCCACACAGGUCGAGAGCUCAUAGAAUCGUUGGUGUUAUAUUUUUAUUUAAUAAAAAAAGACAAAAAAUGUUUUUACAUACAAAUGGAUAUAUAGAAAAUAUAUAUAGCU